CGAAACGGAAGAGGACGACACUGUUUCGCGAUGGCAAGCAAUUAAAACUUGCAACCUGGCAUCGUGAUAUGCCGAAGUAAUUUAGAUUUGAUAGAAUGGCUGGUUUAAUUAGCACGUUUGGUAUUGAACUUCUGCAAACUUUGUAUCACGAUGAAUUACUUAAGAAGGAGGACGUGUUGAUUUUGCUCGUUCACUGGUAUUUAAUAAAACUCGACUUCAAAUGUAUCGGUCUCGGAGAUCAGAGAACUUUUACGGGAUUGGAGAAAGGAUCUGAAUUGCUUCCGAAAGAAUGGAAUUUAAAACCGAGUUACUCGCUUCGUUACGUGAAAAACGGAAAAUUAUAUGUACUUCUCGGAAUCAAGUCGGAUGAUGAUCUGCUUAUAAACUUGUUGAAAAUUCAAGAUGAUGCUGUUUCAAGCAUUCAGUUCCCUAUUGAGCAAACUGUGUCCACACUGCAUGGAUCUUUAGACACUGUCGUACCAACUUAUCAGACCGUUUUGAAUAAUUUAAGGAGAGCGUUCGAUGUGAUUGAUAAUCCAACUGACACGAAGGAAGUGACAACUCAAACAAGUACAACUGAACGUAAUCGAAUCGUUGAUAACCCAUUGAGGGUACUACCUCGUCCUCAAUUACACGACCGACCUCUUCCUGAGCAUGAUCCUUUGAGAGUCGGACUUAGAGAUCUUGAUCCGCUUAGACCAGGAGGUGGCAUGAUAUUUGAUCCCUUCCCCAGGCCUGCUGCGCCUCCCGCACACUUACCAGGUGGCUUGGGCGUACCUGGCAGAUUACCACCAGGUGCUGUACCACCCGGUGCGAGAUUCGAUCCUUUUGGGCCACCCGAUAUAGACAAUAUGGCACCACGCCGGCGUAGACCUGACGACGACCACUUGCCUCCUCCGGGAUACGAUGAUAUGUUUCUUUAAUUUAACAAUAUGCUCUGAUGUACGAACAAUUAUUUAAUAUCUACAAGUAUAUAGAGUUUCUAUAUACCAAUAUUGCCACCUGCAUGUGUAAUACGGAACAAUUUAUGUAUAAUAUACGUUCUUGUGAUAAUAUAAUGGAGGAUAACACAACAUGCAGCUCUCUGUUUUGCUAUAUAUUUAUAUGCAUUUUCGUAAAAAAGCUAUUUGGGAACAGUUUCUCUGGAAUAAAGAUAGAAAUUUUUAUUUUUAUACAUUACAGAGAGAUCAAAUAUAUAUAUAUAUAUAAUAAUUAGUAUAAAACAGUAGUGUUUCCUUUCCACAGAACAAUUCCCGUUCUUAUUUGUUUGUUUGUUUUUUUUUUUUUUUUUAUUUUCACGUUUACAAUGUAACAAAAAUAGUUUGUUAAUUGAAGGUAAAUAUAUCAAUGUGGGUACAGGAAAAUUAUACAUUUAGAGAAAGUGAACAGUAAAAAUAAAUCCUUGUUUAAAUUGCGCUAACUUGUUUACUUUUAUUUUGUUUUGUUGCAUAAUCAAUUUGUAGGAAGUGAUUGUUCUUAUUUUAUUAUGUCGGUUCAAAAUAUAGAGGAUUUUCUUUGCUAUCUAAAUUGUUCUUGCGUCGAAUAUUCACAUCAGACACGUAAAAACAAAAUUUGUCCUUUUAUAUAUGCAUACAUAAAAUUGUUUGCAUUAUUUCGAUCCAGACGUUAAAUAGUAGCUAUUAAGAAAAAAAAAGACGGAGCUAUUUUCACUACAAUUGCAUUUGUUUCUUCGAGUAACGUUGGCUUUCUUUUUCUUUUUUUUGCAUCGGUUCGAUUCAUUUCUUCGAGAAAUAAAAAAAAAACAUUCCGCACUUGGGUACACGUGGGUUGUUUACAUGAGUAAGCAUAUUAUUGCACAGUGAAACGAUUUUCUUUAUACAUGCUAAAAUUCUUCAACAUUUAUAAUUCCAAAUAAAAUAAGUAACGUGCAUAACGCAUUUUCCCCGUUUUACACACAUACACACACACAGAAUGUUAAGCAUUACUCUUAGCAUCACAGCUUUGUGAUCAGCGACCACCCUCGCACGAUCCUCGUUCUUAUCCUACAUUUUUCUUUGUUUUCUCGGCCUACGCUACUUUAUGCACACACAAAGAAACUCAUAUCACAGAUAUAUAAGAAAAUAUUAUCGUGUAUUUAUUAUAUAGAAUUAUUUAGCAAUUUAAACUAUGCGCCUUGAAGAAGUGAAUCGAUGUGCAAAAUUAUGUAAUAAUAAAAGCUAAAUAAUAUGAAAAAAAAAUUAUUACUUGGUAACUUUUGUUAAGAUUAUACUUAUAUAUUUUGUUACGCGACGAUUUUAAUACGUCGUCGGCGCGCGCAUCGAAGAAACCAUCGCUUUUUAUAUAUAAAAAGAAAAGAACGUGUCCGAAUAAUUAAACUUCAAUCGUCACAAUUGUACUAGGAUUAAAACGACGAAAAUAAUUUAUGUAUACAAUUUUUGCAUCUAGGGUUGGAUCAUUUGCUUUGUUUCUUUUUUUUACGGAUAUCCCUCGUCCCAUCCUCUGGUAAAAAAUAUUGCAGUUUUUAAUAUUACAAAAAAGAGGAAAUGUACCAGAUUUUUGUUUCGAUUUCAUUUCGAGUCUGCGAUCGCGUGAAUGUACUUGUUUAAGUUUUUGUUUUGAGAAACGCGCGCAUUUUGAAUCGAGGUGGUUUUUUUUUUGUUUUCGUUUUCGUUUGAUUAUGAAGUAGUAACUCAUCGAUUAGCAGUCUAUUGUCUCAUAUAUGCGUUUAUACGUGGUAUACUGCGUGGUACUAUAAAUCAUUAAACACAA